AUGUUCCAGGCGCCCAAAGACCACCCGCGGCCAUAUUUGUCGCAGGGCCGCACGGACUCAGGCUCGGAAUCUGACGAGGGCGAACGGCAUGAGAACCCAAACACCCCACUAACCAAAUGGGACCUCCGACAGCUACUACAAGAGGCAACAUGUGACAUCAAAGCCUACACGGCGGCGGAGCUUGACAAGCACAUUACCAACCUUCGUUCCACGACCAAGAACUCUCCCGCUUACAUGAUAAAAUACAACAGCUGGAAGAUGGCAUAG